AUGAAUAAAUGCCUCGAAAAUAAUUAUUAAAUUAAUAUGACUGAAUUAAUAGUGUUUAGAUGUAUGUAUGAUGGACAUUCAAAUGAACCAAUUUUGGGCAUUUGUUUGUUAUAGAAUUGCGAAUCCUCCAAUUUCUUUUGCUAUAAAUGUUUAAUAGAAAAGCAUAAAGAUCAUUAAGAUAAUUGCCAAAGGAUUUCUUAUAUUUCUACUCUUCUCUAAAAUUUUUAGAAUGGCUCUUCAAAUAGAGAAAAAGAACUUUAAGAAAUAUAUACAAAAAUAAAGGAUGUUUAUAAAUAAAAUGCUAAAAAAAAAGAAAAUAUUUUAAUCCAAAACUAGCUCUUAGCAUAACUAAAUAAAUUUAAACUUGUCCAUUUAGAAAUUCAACAAUAUAUAGCAAAAGAAAAAUAGCUGCUGAAUGAGUUAAUUAAGACUAUAGAUGGUCAAUAAUUUAACUUAUUAAAAUAAUAUAUUCCAUUUAUAAAAUUAUAUAAUUAACAUGAUUAAGAAUUUAAGACAUGUAUGAUGUAAUAAUUAAUAAUAGAUUACAAUUAAGGUAUAUAACUAGCAAUUAAGCAUUUGAAUAGAUUAUUAUCAAAUAUUUAAUUUGAAGAAAUUAUUUGUAUUGGUAAUAACUUAGAUUCAUAAUUCUUUUAGGAAUUUCUUUAAUUAUUCUCUAUGGUUAUUAAUACAAUCCUGAGUUGCAUCAAAAAACAGAAUAAAUAUAAUUUCAAAAUGAAAGUAAUUAUAUAAAAGAAGGUACUAAUAACAUAAAAUAAAUUUAAAAGGAGCAGAAUUAUAUCAAUAAAAAGAAUAUGAUAAAGCAAUUGUAAAAUUUAGCUAAGAAAUUAUCAAUUCAUAUAAAAAUCAUAAGUCCUACAACAAUAAAGGUAGUUAAAAUAAAUAAAAUUAGGAUUAUCUUUACAUAAUUUAAAGCGAUUCGAGAAUGCUUUAUAUUUAUUUGAUACUGCAAUAAAAUUGAAUCCUAAAAAUGAAAAUGCUAGAAAUAAUAAGGGUUACUUUAGUAUCAUAUUAUAUAGGUUUGUGCCUAUUAGAACUUAAGUUUUAUGAUUAAGCUAUAGAAUCUUUCAAUAAAGCAAUCUAAAUUAAUCCCAAUUAUGACAAAGCUUAUAAUAACAAAGGUGUAAUAUUACCCUUUACUAUAGGAAAUGCUUUAAGAAAUAAAGGACUUUAUUAAUAAGCUAUAGAGUCAUAUGAUAAAUCAAUUACAAUUAAUCCUCAAAAUGAUAAUGCAUUCAAUAACAAAGGUUUAAAAUACUAUUAAUAUUAAAAGGGCUAGCUUUAUUUGAAUUAAAGAAAUACUAAGAAGCUAUUGAUUCAUAUGAUUAAGCUAUUUAAAUAAAUUAAAAUUUUGAUAAAGCUUGGAAUAACAGAGGUAAUAUUUAUUAACAUUAUAAUAGGUCUUGCCUUAGUUGAAUUAAAUGAAUUUUAAAAAGCUUUAGAGUCAUUUAAUCAAGCGAUUUUAUUGAAUCCAAAAAAUGAUUAUUCUUUGGUUAGUAAAGGUAUUUUUAAUGAUAUAUGUUUUCUUAAGGAUAACUGCUAUUUUAACUAAAAAAAUCGUAAGAGGCUUUGUCUACAUUUAACAAAGCCAUAUCUAUUAAUCCUUAAAAUGAAAAUGCAUAAAAUUAAAAAGGUAUCUUUAAACUAAAAAUUUAGGGUUAUGUUUAUUAGAUUUAGAACUUUAUGAUGAAGCAAUAGAUCAAUUUAAUUUGGUUUUAAAAUUAAAUUAAAAUAAUUAUAAAGCGUAAUUCAAUAAAGGUUAAUUUUUAAAGUAUUUUUAAGGAAAUGCAUUAAGUAGUAAAGGACUUUUUGAAGAUGCAAUAAACUCAUAUGAGAAAUCGAUAGCAAUUAAUCCAAAAAAUGAUUUGGCUCAUAAUAAAAAAGGUAAUUUCUUUCUUUUAAUAUUUACAGGUCUUGCAUUAUCCUAAUUAAGACGUUUUUAAGAAGCAAUUUAUUCAUUUGGUCUUGCUACUAGAAUUGAUCCUUUAAAUUAAAGCUAUUUGAUUAAUAAAGGUAAGAAAUAUAACUAAUUAGGUAUCGCUUUACAUUAAUUAAAACGUUGUUAAGAGGCUUUGACUUAUUUUGAUCAAGCCAUACAAAUAGAUUCAAACAAUGAGAUAGCCUACAAUAAUAAAGGUUAAUGAAUUCUUAAAUAUCUAAAGGCUAGUGCUUAUAAGAAUUAAAAUAGUUUGACUAAGCAAUAGAUGCUUUUGAAAAAGUAAAAGAAAUUAAAUCUAGAUUAAAAAAUUAAUAAAAACCAUGUUAUAUUAAUUAAUUAUUUUUAGUAUCCAAAAAACAGCCUGAAAAUAGGAGACCUUAAAUAAUUAUAAAACAUACAAAUAAUUGUUAUAAAGUUUUAUAUUGACAUUAGGUUUUCUCAUAAUAAGACCACCUUACUAAAACUAAGCAGAAUAGUAGCCUAAUCAAGAUAUUAGGAAUCAAAUGUAAGUUGAGAAUCUUCCAUUUUGUUUUAAUUGUAUUUUUAUCAAUAAUAGAUAGAAAAUUUUGAAACCAAAUAAAAACCUGAACAAAACCAAAUAAAAUCAAAAAGAGGUUCAUUUUUGUAAAAUUCGAAUAUUUAAAAACCAUCUGAAAGUAAUUAAAAAUACAUAUUAUUAGUUUAUUCUCUACAUUCCUCUCGUCAUUUGAAACUACCAAUUCAUACUUAGGAGAAUGAAGUUCCACCAAGUACAAGAGAAUCACAUAAUAUUAAUAAAUAAAGUAUUAAAAUCAUGAUAUGAAAGCUAUUGAAUCGAGUUUUUAAUAAUAAGUAGAUGAGUAAGAAAAAGAUGAAGAUCCUCCCUUGAAAAAUAAUUAUAAUUAAAUAAUUAAAUAAGGAAUAGAACUAUUCGAUUAAAAAUAAUAUUAUUAAGCAUUGAGAUAAUUUGAUUAAGCUAUUAUUUUAUAACCUUAGUCUUAAGAACCCUAUUAUAGAAGAGGUUAAUAUUUUAAUUAUUAAAUUUCUUAGGAGAUACGUUAUUAAUCUUAAAUUACAAUGAAAGAGCUUUGGAGUCUUUUAAUAAAGCUAUUUAAUAAAAUUGUUAAUAAUAUCAGGUUUAUUUAAAAUAAGGUAUUUUCUAUAUUUCAUCAUCAAUUAGGCCUUGCUUUAUUUAAUUUAAAACGUUAUCAAAAAGCUCUUGCCUCUUUUAAUAAAGUUUUAUCUCUAUAUUCAAAGAGUUGGGAAGCUUAUCUUGGUAAAGGUAGUUUAUUAUAUUAAUUUAGGGAAUUGUUUACAUUACUUAAAUUAAUUUUAAGAGGCUUAUGAAUCAUACAAUUAAGCCUUUUAGCUAAAUCCAUAUAAUAAAGAUACUCAUAAUAAUUUUGUAAUUCUGGGAAAUGCAUUAUACAAUUUAAAUAGAUACGAUGAAGCUUUAUAAUCCUAUAAUAGAACAUUAGGCUAUAAUUAAAAUAAUCAUGAAGCAUAAUUUGGAAAAGGUAUAAGAUUUUCAAAAGUGAUUAGGAAAUGUCUUAUUUUGUAAAAAGUAAUAUGAAGAAUCUCUUUAAUGUUAUAAUAAAGCAAUUUCUUUAAAUCCAAAUAGAUUUUAAUAUCAUUAUAAUCAAGGUAAAUAAAGAUGAUCAAUUAUUUUAGGUAAAGCUUUAAAGUAAUUAAAAAAUUUCUAAAAAGCAGUUGAUUCAUUUAAUAAAUCAAUUGAAUUAUUUUCAAAAACCAAAGAAGCUUAAGAAGAUUUAGGUUUAAUUGUUAAAUUUAUUUUUAGCAAAAGAUAUAGAGUUAUAAAGUGUUUUUUGCGAAGCCUUAGAAGUUUAUAAUGAACUAAUUAUAAAAAAUAAAAAAAAUGCAACAAUUUUUUAUAACAAAGGUAAAAAUAAUCUUAAAAAAAUUAGGCAAUAUUUUNUACAUUCCUCUCGUCAUUUGA